CGGUAGCCGGUGCUUGGAGACGUGGCAUGGCACAGUCGUCCGGCGAUGUCGUGGUGAAGCGCGGGCCAGAAGAACGCAGUCGGUCCGACGCAGUGCGCGUGCAUGCCGGUCAGAGACGAUCAGGCGUCGAAGCGGAGCUUCAGCAGAGGACGAGAUUCGUCUCCCGCCCUCAAGACGAACAAUUGCUCGGAUCCGAAUCCUAGCUUGCUUGCCUGCCAUUGUGCCAGCUCUGGACUGUUCUGUGUGUGUGCGUCGUUGCGCAAGUGACUGAUUGACGUACGUCCGAAUUUGCCUCGUGCACGGAAGUGGAAGCUUUUCGGACCGAGGUUGGAGAAUUGGGGAGGAAAUUCCUGGGAUUUCUCCGGACCUCAGAUUGUGAUGUAGCUGCAAUUGUGAGAUUUCAAGAAAGUGCCGCCUUCUGACCGCGGUGAGAGAACAGUCGAGCCGAGUGAAUUUUCUUUUGUUGCCGCUGCUGCUGCUCAGCGUCGUGAAGCCGACCGAGUCUACUGACGAAUUGUUGAGGUGCUCUACUACGGACACGAAAUCCCAUCCACCCUCGACAUUUUUGGAAUCCGAAUUCCUCAGCUGACAUUUUGACUCUGUUUGUGGGAGUUGGGUUUUUUCAGCUCCGGGAGCAUCGACCCAUGGCGCAAUCCUGCUGCCAGGCCCUGUCACUGCAAGUGGGAAGUUCAGGGCCCGUUUCAACGCAUGAAGGGCAAGUGACUAGCUCUGAAUCCUCGUCACGAGACGCCAUCCCUUCUCGGCUGCUCCGCUCCCAAUUUCGCGGAAAUGCUCUCCAUCUUCGAACUAGCUCAGCUGAUGUCCGCAGUGCUGCCCCAGCGGGCUGCUCUGUCACCACCCGAGCCUCGUACGUCAGCCCUGGUUGGUCGUCGCCGUCCGGUGCAGGAGGAGCUAAAUCUCCAGGGGUGAAAAAUUUCGAAAGAAUUGGCGAGUGCUUAGUGUACGCCGCUUUUCCGAAUAAUAAGAAACCGAAGGGAAUCAUCCAAUUUCUGGGAGGGGCUUUCAUAGGCGCAUCUCCUGAUAUUACCUACCGCUAUUUUAUCGAGCUCUUGCGGAAGGAAAAUUACAUUGUCGUGGCAGUUCCGUAUAACGUUACAUUCGAUCAUACACAAUCUGCUCGGCAAAUCCAUCAGAAAUUUAAUAGUACAUUGAACUUUUUACGACGUGACGGUGUCCCCUUCAAUCGUCUUCCUCCAGCAGAAGUUUCGGCACUUCCAAUCUUCAGUGUUGGACACAGCAAUGGAGCUCUGAUGCAAGUCCUUAUGGGCAGUUUAUGUUAUGAAGGCCAGCUUCCCAAGGCAAAUGCAGUUAUAUCGUUCAACAACAAGCCUGCUUCAGAUGCUGUACCUUUCUUUGAGCAGAUGGGUCCAGCAUUUCAACAGGCUUCUCCGAUGUUCAACUCGUCGCCCUUCACAACCUUAGGAGCAACUUUUGCAGCGCGAGCGCUGGAAGUCGCCAGAAAUUCCUCAAUUCCCUUACCUCCUGGCGUGGGGCAGGAUGACCUACAAUCGGUUCAAAAUUUCAUUGAGCAAAUCCCUGGUGUUUUCAAUGAGGUCACUGGAGGCGUUUCAGAAUUCACGCCGACCCCUGCUGAAAACCGGAGAACUAUAUCAACCAGAUAUCAAAUACCGAACAAUCUUCUGAUAAAGUUCACAGAUGAUACGAUCGAUGAAACCGAUCGAGUCGAAGAAGCAAUAAGGAAUCGUUCAAUGUCAAGCGGCGGUGUCUUCAGGAAGUUAGUGCUAAAAGGAACCCAUGCGACGCCUCUUGCGCAGGACAUACGAUGGGACGUCGGUGUGUACUCUCCGGUAGAUGCAGUGGCUCAGGUCGUGAAGGACAGAUCGUUGGUUGAUUUACGCUCGCUCGUAAGAAGUGUAGUGGACUUUUUUGACAGUCUCUCCUGAUGUAAAUACAACUGUAAUGUAAAGACGGGAUCCUUGUAGUAUGAAAUGAAGGUACAUUUUGUUCGCAUAUGCUCAUGAUUUUGAAGGUCACUAGAGUGGAGAGUUUAAUAUACCAGUGGGUGCGUGAGC